CACGUCCAUUGGGUGGAGUAAUGGCCGCCAGGGGGUCUGCAUCAUAAUCACUAAAACGCUUGUUUGGAAAAUAUGUAGGAAAAAGAGAAGAGUAUGCCGGAAGUCGGUUACACGGGUGACAUGAUGACGACAGCAUUUCAGGGAGACUAGUGAAUCAUUCGUAAUCACCGAGAAGCUUUUUUUCGAGGAUUCCCGGAAAUGCAAGAUGGAAAAGAAAGGGAAACCUCGGUCGUGCAUCCCCGUGCCUGUCAGUCAUUCCCCUGUGAAAGCCACACCUCCUCCAAUCAUAUGUAGCGACGGGACAAUCACCACCUCACAGAAUGACAAAGAUGGUUACACAGAGACAGUUAGUGUAAAGACUGCGGUACACAUGUUUGGUGGGGAGGCAAAAAUCCGAAAGUUACCAACACCGUCUCCAGAAAGAUCCCAAAAAUCUGCUACAGUGAAAGAGCUUCGAGCCAUUAAAGAAGGAUCAGAUUGGGUCAAACGAGGGGGGCCAUCACUCCACAACGGUGAGGAUAUUUGUAUGGAUUACUCAGCCCCCCAGGAUCACGAUAUCAUGGAUUAUCCCAUUCGUGGAACAUUCUCGCCACUUACUGACGGAGGCCAGGUUAAGUUUACAGAUGAAUCUGCGACAGAGUUGUCGUUUGUUUUUGGUCGGCCUGCAUCUCCAGUCAGUGAUCGGAGUAUGCAAAGGUGUAUGUCUCCACCAAGUGCGAGGAAUCAACAAAGAUGUCUGUCGCCUGAAAGUGAUCGCAACCCCCAAAGGUGUAAAUCUCCUCCGCACGAAAGAGGUCUACAAAGGUGCAUGUCGCCACCUAGUGGGAAAUAUCAACAAAGGUGUUUAUCACCUGAAAGUGAUAAUGAUCCCCAAAGGUGUAAAUCUCCUCCCAAAGACAGGGGCCCACAAAGGGGAAUGUCACCCUUAAGUGAUCGUGGCCCCUCCCGUUGUCGCUCACCUCCGUCUCAGGAGAGACGUGCCUUGUCCCCAUCUUCAGAUGUGACCCCAGCCAAACGUCCAAGUGGAGUCUAUGAGAAUUCAUUUGUGUGUUCAACCCCACCGUCGGGUAAAGGAGUCAGCUCUAAAUAUGCCCCAGGGAUAUAUGACAGGGUUGUGGUUCACCUACCCCCAACGGGGCGAGGGGAGAGGUCAGGUCCCCGCGGAGGAGGGUACUGUCAACAUUGUAAUAACUGUCUGAUCCACUUUAAGCGCCAAGCCUUCCGUUUGCUCUGCCCAGAGGGAAAUCGAAUCAGCCCUGUUAUCAAGGCUCCUAAAGAUUUUGAAAGAAUUGCCGAAAAACUUCAAGUGCCUGAAAACUCUCAGAGAUUUCUGAAAAGUGCCCAGUGUGAUGUUUGUAAUACGACUGUGUCAGGUCUAAAGCGUGAAGCUAUUGCUAUGGUACAGACUAUCCAACAUGCCCAGUCCGAUGGUAGUGUGACCACCAACAAUCCUGCCCAGGUGGGCUCCGUAAACUUCCGUCCUCAGCAACGAACAGGUUCUGCCUCAGCAAACCCCCAUGCAAGGUAUAUGAGGCAAGGUAAACACAUAGGAUACAUGCCUUCUUCACCACCAGGUGUGUCGGCCCAACACCACUAUGAUCAACCACCUAGCAAUCGCACCAGUCCCAAGAAAUACAAUCAGAUGAUUGCGGCACGACCGUCGGGCGGAGAAAGUCGGAUGUACACCUCCGAACUGUAUAUGAUGGAGGGUGGACUGCCCAAUGGUCAUCCUGUGGUCCCCAUGCAGGGUGGUGGUGGUGGUCAACAUGAUAUGCAACUUCAACAACAGUAUGUUCAACAACAGAUACAGAUGCAUCAACAAGCUCAGUUUCAUCAACAAGUGCAGCCUCAGCAACAUAUGGAAGUGGUUCCCCACCCCGGGGGAGUACACCCCGGGGUCAGCAUGGCAAUGCAGUCACACUCCCUACCCCAAGGACACUAUGCAAUGCAGAUGAGCCCAGUCCAAGGAAAGCAUUAUGUGACGCCCCCCUAUAUGAACUAUACAGUGCCUCCCCCCCAACAUCAACCUCCACCCCCUCCCACCUCCCCGUCAACGCCCUCUCUGAGCAGAAUGUCGUCCCCACCCCCAGCAACAUCAGCAGCGGCUUCGUUCUUUGCCAGAGCAGCACAGAAGUUGAGCAAAAAGAAGAAACGGCUACACCAGCCUCCAGAGCCAGAACCGCCACCGUUUCCGACCAAGUUUUACGAAAUCAUUCGGAUGACCCCUCCCCCAGCCCCACCAUGCCUCUUACGAAUGGCUGGACGAUUACAGACACCUGGAGUAGGAAAGGUGAAGGUCAUGCUAAAGAUUUGUCCCUCUAAUCAUUACGGAGAACAGGGAAACUCCUUCCUAGCCAUCGACCCCCGCAAAAAACAGGUGACCGUUUACGAUCCUACUGCAGCCGGUUUCACCACUGCAGCCCAUCGAAGGACUGCUACAACAACAGCUCCGAAAAUGUUUGCCUUCGAUGCCGUCUUUUCACCUGAUGAUUCACAGACUGAGGUGUGUGCCAGCAGUUUAACAGAAAUCAUCCAGGGUGUUGUCAAUGGUGCUGAUGGAUGUCUGUUCACCUAUGGCUACUCAAAACUUGGUAAAUCAUAUACAAUGGUAGGCCAGGACCAAUCUGCACAGACAUUAGGCAUUAUCCCCUGUGCAAUUGCUUGGUUGUUCCGUCUCAUCAAUGAACAAAAGGAAAAGACCGGAGCAAGAUUUUCUGUCCGAGUUUCUGCAGUAGAAGUGACUGGAAAAGCUGAGUGCCUCAAAGAUCUUCUCUCGGAUGUUGCUGCAGGUGUUGAAUCAGGAAGUGGCACUGCCCCUGGAGUUUACCUGAGGGAGGAUCCAAUUUGCGGCACUCAGCUCGAGAAUCAGAGCGAACUACGUGCCCCAACAGCCGAACGGGCCACAUAUUACCUGGACGCUGCCAUUGCAGCACGAACAAAACUAGACGAGGAAGAAAGCCGGUCGUCACACCUCCUGUUUACCUUACAUGUAUAUCAGUACCGGAUAGAAAAAGCUAACCAAGCUGGUCUGCCUGGAGUUGCUGGUGGACGGAGCCGUUUGCACCUGAUUGACCUUGGAAGUUCCUCAAAAUCUAAAGAUCCUGGAAAUGUCUCCCUCAGUCUUUCAGCUCUCGGCAAUGUCAUCAUGGCCUUACUCAAUGGUCAACGACACGUACCUCACAGGGAUAGUAAAGUUGCCCAGCUUUUGAGGGACUCUCUGGGAAAUAUUUCCUGUAGAACAUGCAUGAUUGCCCACGUGUCAUCUGCUGUACCACACUAUAACGAGACUCUUCAAGUGAUACAGCUGGCCGCUAAGAUACACAGGAUGAGGAGACGAAAGACAAAGUUUUCUAGCACCAGUUCAGAUGACAGUUCAACAGAUGAUGGAAGAUUGCGGAGACCAUUUCGAGGAUUUCGGAUGGGAACACUUCGUGAGGAUAUUUUAUAUACAUCUUCACAUUCAGACCCGGACUAUACCUCAAGUAGUGAACAGUCUUGUGAUACUGUUAUAUAUGUAGGUGCAAAUGGACAGUCACUUAGUGACCGGGAGCUAACAGAUCAUGAGGGACCACCCAGAUCAGUUCCUAGAACAAACCCUCGGUUGCCAAGGCGACCAGGAGGAUCAAGAUCAUCAGGUGAUGAGGGGUCAAAUUCUGACAGUGGGAGGAGCCAUCACUCUGAUUUUCGCAUUAGAAAGCCAAACAUGGGGACAAGUAUAGAAGGUGCUAAUCUUGCUAGGAUGCCUUCUCGGAUGUCAACACCAGUCAGGGAAUUGUCAGCGAGUGCUAGUGAGCAUGCUCAAUCACCGCCUAUGUCUCCAAGUGUUGGAGGGGUGCAACUACCUCGAAAAGCUAACGUGAGGACCAAAUUGGUCCAGAAGACCGAAGAAGGUUCAGGUAGUGCUAAUAAAGUGGACAAGAUAACCUUGUCAACAAGAACUGCAGCCAUGAAUACUAAAAUGGCCAGUGGUAGUGAACAAUCCUUUCGAUCGGAACAAUGGGUAGAUGGCCCAGGAGUGGCUAUCUAUCCAGAAACACCGAAAACAGGGGAACAGUGGGUUGACGGGCCACAGGCUUUCGUCUUGAAACAAGAACAAAACAAAAACAAACAUCUUUACAACCCGAAAAUGGAUGCCGAAGAACAAUGGGUUGAUGGACCCAGAGAAAUGAUGCAAGAUUCUGACCACAAGGAAGGACGGAAAUCAUCAGGACAUGGGAGAUCUGAUCGUAAAACACGUGAACAUUCUCGAGAGCAUUCACGGGAACACUCCCUGGAGCCAAAAGGAUCAUCACCAAGCCAUGGUCCUAAGUCUGGGGUCAAGGCCAAAUAUCCAGCAAACUGUGAGUUGAAAGAGCGCCCCGACAGCAUGGCUAGUGCUGACAGUGCGGCAUCUGUGACAGCUCAAGCAGCAGAUUCAAGGCCAACCAGCAUGCACAGCUCUGGUGCAGCAAUAGAUACUGAGCAAUUAAAGGUCGACGAAUCUGGUCAGCCAAUCAAGCCAUUUGUUAGAGACUGGGUAGAAAAACAUAGUGCUUUGAAGGCGGAGGGGAAAAUGGAAGAUGUUAGUAUAGGCUUAAUUGUAGAUUCUGAAAAUCAAGUCAUUGGCAAUUUGGAAACAUCAGCUACUGGAACAUACAAAAGGCCUAAACCUGAAGCACGGAAAAAGAUACGUUCUUCAACACCAAAACAAUCCCCACAUCACUCUCCACGAAAUUCACCUGCUAUUGGUAGAAAAGGUACGAAAACUUCUAAUGAGUCAACAUCAAAAUUACAAAAGUCUCAAUUACCGGGAAAUGCUAAUCCAACACAUCGUGUUACCGAGUGGCUCCGUUCAGUUUCCAUGGAACAGGAAAUGGAGGUGGAAUCACAGGGACAUUGUAAAAACAAGAAGUCAUCUGACUGCACACAUGAUACAUCUAUGGACGUAUCAUCCUGUAGCAGUCUUCAAGAUACAACUAUGGAGUCACAGGAUUUACAUAACCAGUCGGGAUGUAGUGGGGAUGGACAGCCAGAUGAAAUGGCAGAGUGCAAUAUUGCGGACAUCAGUUUCGACAGCAGUGUGGAUACUACAGAGUUCAGUAAUGUACUGCUGUCAAAUCGAGAGUCCAUGUACGAAAUUCAAAUGGAUGAACAGUUGGAACGAAGUGCUGAAAAAAGCACAAGUGAUGUGCCAGAUGAUGAAACCUUCAGUAGUGUGUCGUGCAAUAAAGACAAUGAAUUAACCGAGGGGGAAGAUGGUGACGAGGCUAUGGAGGAUGAACCACUUCUCCUUCGAGCUGAUGGAAUGCCUCAUUCCUCUACCAUAGAAAGUAUAAAAACUCUCCUAGCAGAGCCAGUUAUUUCUAACGAACAGCUUGUGUGUGAGAAACUGUGCAGUUUCGAGUGUACACCAUCAGACUUAAGGGAUGAAGAUAUCCCAUGUGGCAGUAUGAAUCAGCCUCUUCUUAGAAAACCGGAUGGUGCAUCAAAUCCAAAUUUAAUCAAUGAACUCAAUUUCGAACGAAAAAUGGAUGGUGAUUUUGUGCGAGGGGACUACAUCAUCAAUACUGUCCAUACAAUUAGUGCUAGUCAACCAAGAAUGGAUAUGGAUGCCAAAACUAUGAAAAACGCUACCUCAAAAUAUGCAAGUUUGCCGAAACACAGUGAGGCCCUUACAAAAGCUCUUGAGGGUUUAGGCAAAGAGUUAUGUGAUUCAAAGCGAUGUACAAAGUCUAAACCACCCCUUCCAUCAAAACCUUCAUCAAAGUCAUCAAUGCAUAGCCCCAGUCCGUCUCGCCAAAGCCCAACAAAAUCUGGUGGCUUAAAGGAGAAGGAUUUAUCGACAAGUCCAAAGUCUGUUAGCUCAACUUCAAGUAAAAACUCUUCCAUUCCCUUGAGUGGUAGUGGUAGAGGUCGCAGUGACAAGGACAAAUCUGUGCGGCUACAGUCAUCGUCCUCGUCACAACGAUCAUCAUCUGUACCAGUUACUGGUAGCCCCUCAAGCACAUCAACCAUUCGGAGUACUUCGUCUAAAUCAUCAAAGUCACAAUCACCGCUCAGUAGUCGCCUACCAAUUUUCUCCUCCUGCAAAAACACCAGGAAGGGGAGCAAAGAAAACAAGAGUAGUAGUAAGUUAGGCAAUGGUAGGAUUUCCGAACUCAAUCGUAGCUCGAGUCGAGGGACAGACUCAGACAGUGGUAAUGAUAGUGGAAUAGUGACCAACGAAAAGAAACUCUUGUCACCAUAUAGCACAGUGACCAAACCACGGACACCAAGUCACUCCAGCAGUGGACAUGGCAGUGACAACAGUAGUACUGUCAGUGCCGAGCUCAGGUCACAACUUGGGUGUAAGUCGGAUAAAAUUCAUGGAGGAACAAGCAGUGGAUAUGAGAGUAUGUUACGGGACAGUGAAGCAACAGCGUCUUCAUCAGCUCAUGAGGACAGCAACAGCGAAUCCUCAAACGAGAAAAAGAAAGGUUCAAGACGGAAACGUCCAAGUUCACGUAGGAGUCGCUCCGUUCCUGCUAGGACGUCAGAAAGUCCUGAAAACCGGAAGCAGAGUCCAUCUGGAACAUUAAAGACAAGUCCUUCUCCAAAGGCAUGGGUUGACACGAGGCAAAUACAGAAGAUCAAGGAAGAACCAUUUGAAAUCAAACACUAUGAUGUUGGUGAUGUUCAAAGGCUAGGGAGACGCAGGGCCGAAGAUGAGGGAAAAGAAAUGGAACAGAGAAAAGAAAAACUGAAGGAAAUUCUCUCUAGGCAAGGCCAGCUAAAGCCAGAUAGCCCUGAUAUGAAAGACCAGAUAUUAAUGGAACAACAUGGAUGGAAAUUUGACUGUAAAUUCCUAAUGUGUUUUUCAUGUCGAUCCAAGUCAAAGAAAACGGAUGUGUAAAUGUUGUGCUUUGUUUUUCCAACGUGCCGCGGAAAUUGUCAUGGUGAUCACUAGAGGGUGCCAAUUCAGUGACGUUGGACAUGACUAGAUAGUAUAAACAGUUUCGUUAACAUCGUUGUGAACUGAAGACACUUAGUGAGGUUGACGAGAAGUAGGGUUGAUUUAUACUAUCUAAUCUCGAUAUUUACAGUACUAUACUAGUAACUAUGCCAUGUUGGUUUCAACUGCUGACUCAACAAACAAAAAAUUGCAAUAACAUAAAAAGAUGCAAAUCAAAAUCUGUGAAAUGAAUUUCAUUUUUUCAUUGUAUACUAACAUCAAAAUCAUGCAAGCACAUUCAUUUCUUUAUAUUUUGCAAAAGAUUUCUUCAUUUGGAGAUGGACAAUAUCCGUACUAUGUAAAAUUUUGUAAUGAGUUUGUAUAUUUUUUAUAUAUUUUGAAUUUGCAUAUGUCAUUUUUCUGUGAAUCAUUUGAAUAUUAAUUUGUGUUAUUUUAAGAGGUGCUUUGCCAAGAAGGAAACAGUACCUAGACAAGGCGUUUGUGUCUUACCAAAAAACUCUCACUGCCAAACAGAUUAUUUCAUGGACAUUUUUACUUUGUAUAUGUGCUAUGUGUGGAUGUCCAAAUCUGCCUUAAAUUUAAUCAUUCUUUAACAAGUAAUGUAAUGAUUUAUUUUUUACAGGAAUACCCCAGGUCUUGUAUUCAUAUUGUUACUUUAUUAACAUCAGUUUCGGUUUUUUUCUUUUUUUAGUAUUGUGAUAGUAAUUGUCAAACGAUUCAAGUCUUACAUCUGUAUUACAUACUUUUUUUCAAACAUGAUUUAGGACAAGAGAAAAAUGUUAAAAACUUUUAGCAGGUAUGACCUAAUAAAUUUCUACUGCCAGCUUAUGGUCGCAAUAUGCAAUUAACGACAGGUGUAAGAUACUUAAAGCAUUGCAGAAUUCUUUAUACAGUUCCAUUACUGCAAAAUACAAGAACAUUAAUUCUGGUUUAAUAGAUAGCAUAUGUUUCUUUAUGCAUAGGCACAGACUAAAAUCAGGAAAACCCACAAUAUUUGCAUUAAUACACACUGGUAUAUAGAGCGUUAUAAAAGCCAUCAGCUUAGACGUUUGGUUUGGUGUAUAAACUAUUAUUAUUAUAAGGUAGAUUUUUACGAAGUGUAUAUUAUUGAGACCACUGAGUACCCUGUACAAUGCUUGUGUAUUAUUUAUUUGUACAUUUUUCUCUCCUCCAAGACCAAAUAGAAUUAUUAUGUUAAA